UCGCGGUCCGGCCUUGCGUCACCUCGGUCACCGAGCGCCUCGUGUGCGGCUCUUCACAGGCUCCCGUCGCGGACCUCAGCAACAAAAUGGUUCAGCAAGUUCCAGAAAACAUCGAUUUUCCUUCUGAAGAAGAGAAAAUCUUGCAGUUCUGGUCCGAAUUUAAUUGUUUCCAAGAAUGCCUAAAGCAGUCAAAACAUAGGCCAAAAUUUACUUUCUAUGAUGGGCCUCCUUUUGCAACUGGACUACCUCACUAUGGACAUAUACUUGCGGGGACAAUUAAAGAUAUAGUUACAAGAUAUGCGCACCAGAGUGGGUUUCAUGUUGACAGAAGGUUUGGAUGGGAUUGUCAUGGCUUACCUGUGGAAUAUGAAAUAGAUAAGAUAUUAGGAAUCAGAGGACCAGAGGAUGUAGCCAAAAUGGGGAUUGUGGAGUAUAACAAUCAGUGCCGAGCAAUUGUGAUGAGAUAUUCUACUGAGUGGAAGUCUACUGUUACCAGACUUGGCCGAUGGAUUGACUUUGACAAUGACUAUAAAACACUCUAUCCAGAAUUCAUGGAAUCUGUCUGGUGGGUCUUCAAACAACUUUAUGAUAAAGGCCUUGUUUAUAGAGGUAUGAAAGUCAUGCCUUUUUCCACUGCAUGCAACACUCCACUUUCUAACUUCGAAUCUCACCAGAAUUACAAGGACGUUCAAGAUCCUUCAAUAUUUGUUACCUUUCCUUUGGAGGAAGACGAAAAUAUAUCUUUGGUUGCUUGGACAACCACUCCCUGGACUCUGCCUAGUAACCUUGCCCUCUGUGUUAAUCCGGAUAUGCAGUAUGUAAAGAUUAAAGAUGUUGUCAGAGGAAAAUCAUUCAUUUUAAUGGAAGCCAGAUUACCGGCCCUCUACAAAUUGGAGAAUGACUAUGAGAUCCUUGAAAGAUUUCCAGGUGCCUCUCUCCAAGGCAAGAAAUACAGGCCCCUGUUUGACUAUUUUGUGAAGGUGAGCUUAGGGAGCUCUACCACAGUGCUCUCCACCACCCUCUGUAGUAUUGAUCACUGGACCAAUGUCAUGGUAGCUGGUGUGGGCUUCACAUUGUCUGAUUGUUCUACUCUUUCCAUGAAUGUGCUUGAAGCAGUCUACUUUAGUGUUAACAGGAUUCAGUUCUGUUUGUGUUGCCUUCUUUUGAAAACUGCACUACCUCCUCAUACACUUGAACUGUUUUAUUCUUCUCUCCUUUCCCCCCAGGAUGACUAUCGGGUCUGUAUGGACUUCAGCAUCAUUCAGAAAGAUUCUGUCCCUGUGUGCCCUGUGGAUGCUUCAGGCUGUUUCACAGCGGAAGUGUCAGAUUUCACGGGACAGUAUGUGAAGGAUGCUGACAAAAAUAUCAUCAGGAUGCUGAAGGAACAAGGCCGACUUCUUGUUGCCAGCACCUUCACUCAUAGCUACCCUUUCUGCUGGAGAUCAGAUACCCCCCUCAUUUACAAAGCGGUGCCCAGCUGGUUUGUGCGGGUUGAGCACAUGGUGGACCAGCUGAUGAGGAACAAUGACCUGUGUUACUGGGUCCCGGAGUUUGUGAGAGAAAAGCGGUUUGGAAAUUGGCUGAAAGAUGCACGAGACUGGGCAAUUUCCAGAAACAGAUACUGGGGCACCCCCAUCCCGCUGUGGGUCAGCGAGGACUUCGAGGAGAUAGUAUGCAUUGGGUCAAUGGCAGAACUUGAAGAACUGUCAGGAACAAAGGUCUCAGAUCUCCACAGAGAGAGCAUUGACCAUCUGACCAUCCCUUCACGCUGUGGGAAGGGAUUGCUGCGUCGCGUGUCUGAAGUGUUUGACUGUUGGUUUGAGAGUGGCAGCAUGCCCUAUGCUCAAGUUCAUUAUCCAUUUGAAAAUAAGAAGGAGUUUGAAGAUGCAUUUCCUGCAGACUUCAUUGCUGAAGGCAUUGAUCAAACCAGAGGAUGGUUUUACACUCUGCUGGUGCUGGCCACGGCUCUCUUCGGACAACCACCUUUCAGGAAUGUGAUUGUGAAUGGGCUCGUCCUUGCAAGCGAUGGCCAGAAAAUGAGCAAACGAAAAAAGAAUUAUCCAGAUCCACUUUCCAUCAUCCAUAAGUAUGGUGCUGAUGCCCUCAGAUUGUAUCUGAUUAACUCCCCUGUGGUGAGAGCAGAAAACCUCCGCUUUAAGGAGGAAGGUGUUCGCGAUGUUCUGAAGGACGUGCUGCUCCCCUGGUACAAUGCCUAUCGCUUCUUCAUCCAGAAUGUCCUGAGGCUGCAGAAGGAGGAAGAAAUGGAAUUCCUCUACAAUGAGAACACGGUUAAAGAAAGUGCCAACAUUACAGACCAGUGGAUCCUGUCUUUCAUGCAGUCGCUCAUUGCCUUUUUCGAGACCGAAAUGGCAGCUUAUAGGCUCUAUACUGUGGUGCCCCGCCUGGUCAAGUUUGUCGAUGUUCUGACCAAUUGGUAUGUCAGGAUGAACCGCCGAAGAUUAAAGGGCGAAAAUGGGAUGGAGGAUUGUGUUACAGCCCUGGAAACCUUGUUCAGUGUUCUGCUUUCUCUGUGCAGACUGAUGGUAAGAUUCUUUGCCCCAUAUACCCCUUUUCUCACCCCCUUCCCUGCAAUAACAACUAUACAGUUACCUGUGUCU